GCAGGCUCGCCUCGAGGCACACGCGGUCGAGGAGGGCCGGCUGCACGACCAGGCGGCGCGGCACGACGCGACGCAGACAUGGGCCGCCGGCCUCGCGCAGCAGCAGGCGCAGCACUACCUCGCCGCGGCGCCCUCCCCCGCCAAGCCACGCCCCCGCAAGGAACGACGCAGGGGCGGCGGGAGGGCGGCGGGCGGCGGGGAGCGGCGCGGCGGGGCGGGCGAGGGCGGCCCUGCGUACUCCGACGCCGCGGAAGAUGGGCGCGAAGACUUCUACGAGGAGUGGCAGCGUCAGCAGUGGGCGCAGCGGCAGGCGCAGCAGACUGCGCAGUGGCAGCAGUGGUGGCGGCAGCAGCGGCACGAGGCGCCCGCGGCCAUGCAGGCCGCCACUCCGCCGCAAGGCCCGCCGCGCAGUGCCAAGGAGGAGCAGGCGGCGCUGCGCGCGCAGAAGCGGCUCCGCACGUCCAUGGCGGAGGCGGCGCUGCUCGCUUCGCCGCUGGCCUUCAGCGGAUCGGGCGAGCAGCGGCUCGAGCUCCCGCGGCUAGGCCGCGCCAAGAGGGGCGCGGGGCCAGGGGGGGCGGGCGUCGGGCACUUCGAGCCGCGGCCUACCUGGCCGCCUUCCUGCGGCGUGCACCAGCCGGGCAUGCCUUCGGGCGCGGAGCCGCCGCCGCUGGCGAUGAGCGACUCUUUCCUCGCAUCUCCGUAUGCCGCCACCGCGCUGCAGGCCGCGCAGUGCUCCGUCGCGAACGGCCAGCCGCACCACUCUCUCGCGGCCAUGGAAGGCCACCCGCCCUUCCAGCCGUACGCGCCGGCGGCGGCGGGCGGCACGCCGUGGCAGGUGGGCGACUGAGUUGCCGUUGAUGAGAGGGAGGCGCCGUCCACACAGAGCCCCGCAAGGGGGGGAAGGGGCGGCGGCGGCGGCGGC